GAGAGGAGCGUGGAGAUGGCGUCGAGCUCGGAACAGGAGAGCGGUUCGGGUGGGGGGUUUGGAUGGCGGCGGUGCAGAUGACGCGAGGGAGGGCACCGGCGAGCGGCGGCGCGAUGCAGCGAAGCAUCGUGUUCUGGGCCCGGUUCUGCUCGGGGACGGGUUUGGGGAAGGGAUGCAGGCGUGUGGGCGACCGUCGGAUCAAUGAGCGGCGUCUCAGUUCGAGCAGCAGAGGGUAGUGAAAACAUCCAAGCUCGUCACUCGCAGACCAAAACCUACACCGCCGCCGUCGCGGGGCUCUGCCGCCUCGAGGACCCCAGGGGCGUGCUCAGGGAGAUGGCCACGGACGGGUUGCAGGCCUCGCCUGAGCUGCGGGACGCGAUGCUACAUGACGCCAGGAUCGAGGAGGCGUGGGCCAGGAUCGAGGAGGCGUGGGCGCUGGAGGAGGCGAUUCAGCUGCCGGAGACCGGCAAGGUUGUGGAGCUGGUGGACAAACUUCUUUCGGAGUGGGAACCUGGAGCCUUUCAGGAUGAAGAGCAAAUGGUACUCCCCUGUACUGGCUGCAAAGUUGCAGGUGUGAUGAGCUGGAAGAGAUGAUUGGUCUGCACAACUGUCGAGACAUUACCAUGUUACUUUGACUGUAGGACAGUGUUUUACCAGCGCUGCUCUAAUACAAUGAAUAAUUUACAUGUGAUGUUUUAUGUGAAUGGUCUGACUCGGUAUGUUAUCCUGCCCCCCAUUAUUAUCCGGGCAAACAUCAA